GCCCUCGUCUGUCUGUCCCGUCGUCUCCUCCCCUGCGUCUGAGUCCGCCGCCCAAACGUCUCUCCCCGCUACCGUCGCCAUGGACCGUUCCGCAGGCCGCUUCUCUCCAGUGUCGGCCAUUUCGCGGGUCGUCAAGCGUCUUGCUUCCCAUCCCCUCGAAAUCCUUGCCAUUGCAGUCCUCAUCGCCUCUUCAUGCUACUUUGCCCUCGUCCACGCCUCCUUCCAGACUCCGGAGCUCGCCUCCCUUGUUGAGCCUCGGGUCUCGAUCUCGGCCGGCCACUAUCUACCCGUCGAUCCCGCUGCACCCUUCCAGCCCGAGCGUGUGCUGCUGCUGAAGCACUUCGCCAUCACCCUCCCCCCACACACCCAGUCGCCGCCCCAGGGCGUCUUGGCAAAGUCGGUGCUCCACUCGGCCCUCAAGUUCCAGCAGGCACUCGAGUCUCUGGCCGUUCUGAACCUGCAUGGCACUCGAUAUACUUGGGGUGAUCUGUGCUUCCGCGCCAGCGCAAAGUCUGCGUGCUUCGUGUCUUCGCCCUUGUCGAUCUGGAAGAACAAUGCCACCCUCCUCGAGGCUGAUAACGACGUUGCAGCUUCGAUCUAUAACUAUGUCAAGUCGUUGGACUCGACAGCGUCGGUUCACGCCACCCUGGCCAACCUUGUCCUCGCUGAGGAUUCGUCGGCCUCGUCGCUGCCCAAGGUCUCGCUCUCGUCGUCGUCCCUCACCAUCUCGCUCCUAUUCGACGUUACCGAUCACCAGAGCUCCCAGCUUGUCCGUCUCUGGGAGCAGAAGGCGGCCCAGCUGCGCCCCGCUGGUCUCUACAUCCACACCAAGGUCCAGUCUUGGGCGUGGUCCGAUGCCGUCGCCAAAUUCACCGAGUAUUUCGAGACCUCGACCAAUAGCGACCAUCUGAUCCUGUUCAUCAGCUUCCUGCUCAUGCACGCCACCUUUGUCACGAUGUUCAUGAACAUGCGCAAGCUCGGCUCGACCUUCUCCCUGGGCUUCUCCGUUCUCCUCAACGGCACCUUUGCUCUGCUCCUGGCACUGGUCGUUACUCGUGCCGUUGGCAUCAACCUUGGCAUGGUCCAACUCCUUGAGGCGCUUCCCUUCCUCGUCAUUAGCAUUGGAUUUGAGAAGCCCUACACCCUCGCCAAGGCCAUUAUGGAGUCGUCUGCCCUCGACCCCAGCGCUCCUAUUGGUGACCGCGUUUGGAACGGCAUUGCCAAGGUGGCUCCUUCGCUCCUCACCGAUUACGCCAUGGAGAUCGGGGUUCUCGCCCUUGGCAGUGUUUCUGGAAUCGGCGGUGGCAUGUCCGAGUUUUGCUUGGUGGCCUGCUGGAUUAUCUUCUUCGAUGGCAUGUUCAUGAUGACGGCCUUUGUUGCCGUUCUGAUUCUCAAGCUCGAGCUCAAUCGGAUCCGUGCCAGCGGCAACGGAGGUGAUAGUGCCAAGGGGCUGUCGUUUGGCAGCCUUGUCGCCGACGCCUUUGAGUUUUCCUCCUCAUCGGACCCGGCCGCUCCGCCCAAGAAGGCAAAGGGCAACGACAGCUUCCUUUCGCGGUUCAAGCUCAUCUGCAUUCUGGCUGUCCUGGUGGGCCAUACCCUCAACGCCUCCUCCGUCCAGACGGAUGCGCUCACUGCCCCCGCCGUAGCGGAUUUGGCCAACCCUGCGACUGCCUCGGUUCUCAACACCAUCUCGACAGAGCUGAUUCAGGAUCAAGUCUCCACGAUGAUCAAGGUGGCUGCCCCCACGGUCGCGUAUCCGUUGCGAUACAGCACCGAGGAGCUUGAUGGAACCCAGGCUUCGAUCUUUGAGCAGCUGUCAUCGGGCUUCCAGGAAGGACGAAUCUUUGGAACCGUUGCUCUGGGCAUUUGUGUGCUGAUUGCUGUCUUUUCGAUCGCUCGACCUGAGGAGCAACUGACCAUCACCCCUGGUACCGCUCCGGAGGCUGCCCCCGAGAGCCCAAAGUCUCAGGACGGCGCUGCCAAAACCACCGUCGAGCCGGUCUCUAAGAAGGAAGCCGUCGCUGCCGUCGAGCCUCUCAAGCUCGUCUACACAACCAGCAACGAUGUGCGGACAAUUGACGAGUGCCAGGAGGUGCUGAAGAGCGAAGGCUCGCGCGCCCUGAACGACAUCGAGGUUCUUGCCCUUGUCAAGGCCGGCAAAAUUGCCCCCUACAAUCUCGAGAAGGUCCUGUCGGAUCGAUAUCCUACCGAUGAGAAGAACACCGACUACAUUCGCGCCGUCCACAUCCGCCGCAUGCUCAUUGGCGAAUCCAUCAACUUUGACAUUGUCUCGAGCAAACUGCCUUUCGAACACUACGACUACGGCAAGGUUCUUGGCCAGUGCUGCGAGAACGUUAUCGGAUACGUGCCUAUUCCCAUCGGCGUUGCGGGCCCCGUGCUCAUCGAUGGGGUCUCGACGCAGAUUCCCAUGGCUACGACCGAGGGCUGCCUGAUCGCAUCCACCUCUCGUGGCUGCAAGGUUUUGAACAUGGCCGGCGGUGUCCACACCGUGCUAACAGGAGACGGUAUGACCCGCGGCCCGGUGAUCCAAUUCCCGACGGCCGGCGACGCCAACGAAUGCCGGGUCUGGAUUGAACAGGGUCCCGGCGGCGACCUGCUCGAGAAGGCCUUCAACUCCACCUCUCGCUUUGCCCGUCUCAACAGCAUCAAGGUUGCCUUGGCCGGACGCCUCAUGUUCAUUCGAUUCUCUGCUGUGACGGGCGAUGCUAUGGGCAUGAAUAUGAUCUCCAAGGGCGUCGAAAAGGCCCUCACUGAGCUCAAGGAGCGUUUCCCGGCCAUGCGCGUCGUCGCUGUCUCUGGAAACUAUUGCACCGACAAGAAGCCCGCUGCCAUCAACUGGAUCGAGGGCCGAGGCAAAUCGGUUGUCGCCGAUGUCACCAUCCCUGGCUCGGUCAUCCAAAAGGUUUUCAAGACGACCGUCAAUGACCUGGUCCAAACCAACAUUGCCAAGAACCUGGUCGGAUCGGCCAUGGCCGGAUCCGUCGGCGGAUUCAACGCCCAUGCGGCCAACAACCUGACGGCCAUCUACCUGGCCACGGGCCAAGACCCGGCCCAAAACGUCGAGUCGUCGCAGUGUCUGACCUUCAUGGAGGCAGUCAACGACAAUCAAGACCUCUAUGUCUCGUGCACCAUGCCAUGCAUCGAGGUCGGCACCGUAGGCGGCGGCACCAAGCUCGAUGCGCAGGAGUCGUGCUUGAAGAUGCUCGGGGUUGCGGGUGCUAACCAAGAAACGCCGGGCGCCAACGCCCAGCGACUUGCUCGCAUCAUCGCCGCGGGUGUUCUCGCUGGUGAGCUGAGCUUGAUGGCGGCUCUGGUAACAGGAACCUUGGUCCAGAGCCAUAUGGUUCACAACCGCGCCGGCGGAGCACAACAGGCCGCCAAACCGGCUGCCCCUGUCUCAAGCUCAAACGGCUCUGCUGCUGCCGGGGCCGCUGAGAAAGCCCCCGAGGUCGUUGUUGGCUCUUGUAUCAAGUCUUGAUCUGCAUUUUGCGGUGGGCCUGGAUUGCGAGGCCAAUGCACCACGCACUUCUCCCCCGGGUUUCGGCUACUUCCGCCCGUCUUGCCUUGUCUCCCUCCUGUUUUUGGCUUCUGCCUGGUCGCUACUCGAGCUCCAUAUUUGGUUGAGUAAUAGCAUACAGCUCUCGUCUGAAACAAAGUUCAUCCUGGC